AUGAGUCUUUCGGUUUCCAACCCCGGACAUCAGCCCGUCGGCGCAGUGGAAUCUGCUAGUGGCUACAUGGCUCUUUUGCAAGAAGACGACGUGACCCUACGUUCGCACGCCUUGACGAAACUCUUGGGCUGCGUCGAUCGCCUCUGGCAUCAAGUGGCGGAGUCCUUGCCCGAUCUCGAAGCGAUGGCAGAAGACACCGACAAUCCUUUGCAAGUCCAACAAACGGCCGCCGCAGUUGCCUCGCGGGUUUUCUUCCAUCUCGAAGAACCAACGCAGGCGCUGCGUUUGGCGCUGGAAGCCGGAACUCAGCAUUUUGACCCCAUGGACGAUCAAUCUCCAUACGUGCAGCGGUUGGUGUCGGCCGCCUUGGAUGCGUACAUUCAAAAGAGACAAGCUCAAGACGACGAGGAAGUAGAUCAAGCUAAGGAAAGUUUGGUGGACUUGGGUCUCGAUAUGAAUCAGUUGCAAGCCAUGGUACACCGUCUUUUGGAAGCCUCGUGCGCGGCGGGCAAGUACGAUCAUGCUCUGGGAAUUGCUUUGGAAGCACGCGAAACGUCGCAGGUACAGGAAAUCUUACGAGCCGGCGGCAACUCCACAUCCUUAUUGCAGUACAGUAUUCAGGCAGCGGCAAAUACAGUGACAUCGAAGUCGUUUCGGGUUGAAGUUCUUCAAGUAGUUGUCGGCGCCUUGACUGUUCAAUUCGAGGAACAGAACCAAACCAAGGUGUCGUACGAUUUGUUACUCGUCCACCAGCAUCUCAACCAAGCACUUCCCGUUAGUAGGAUCAUGUCGAAACUAUUGCAAGGUACAGAAGACGAGUUCUUGCUUGCAUUGCAGCUAUGUUUUGAUCUCAUGGACAGUGGCGAUCAAGCCUUUGCACAAGCGGUGGCAGAGGGUAUUGAUCAGGACGGUAUCGGUGAAGCCAACCAGGGUCGAUCGGACAAGGUGCAGCGCGUCCUUGUGGGUGGUUUUUCGGCCGAACUCUCUUUGUCGUUUUUGCACAAAGAAAGCAAGGCGGAUCGGAUGAUUAUGGAACGACUCAAAACGGCUUUGGAAGAACGUUCGAGUGGGAGUCGGAAUUCGCUGUUGCACACGGCCGCGGUCGUGACACAUUCCUAUUUGUACGCGGGGACAACAAACGACAGUUUUCUGCGAGAUUACUUGGACUGGAUGAAAAAGGCAUCUAAUUGGGCCAAAUUCUCUGCUACCUCUUCUUUGGGUGUUGUCCACGCAUCCCAUGGUGCCGAAGCUAUGCGGCUGCUGGAGCCUUAUUUGCCAAUGGAACCUUCCGAAAACACAAGCGUUCCUGGUGAAGGGGGUUUCGCAGAAGGUGGCUCGCUUUACGCGCUGGGGCUGAUUCACGGUUCCCACGCCGGAUCAUCCGCCUCCAAACGUCAAGAAACGACCGAAUUCUUGCGCACGCAUCUACGCACGUCGCACGCUAACGAAGCCCAAAGUCACGGUGCAGCGCUCGGGGUUGGGCUGACGGCUAUGGGAACGGCCGAUCUUGCAGUAGUAAACGAACUCAAGGAACUUUUAGUGACGGAUUCGGCAGUUGCCGGUGAAGCCGCUGGAAUCGCCAUCGGUAUGGUGCUAGUAGGUACCGGGGCAGAAUUGGGCGAGAUAGUUGCGGAACUUAAGAAUUACGCCCGUGAGACAACACACGAGAAAAUUAUCCGCGGUGUUGCAAUGGGUCUGGCCUUAAUGAGCUUUGGUCAAGAGGAAAACGCCGACGCAUUGAUCGAAGAAAUGCGAUCGGACCGCGAUCCAGUGAUGCGUUACGGUGCCCAGUAUGCUGUGGCCCUUGCUUACUGUGGUACUGGGUCAAACAAGGCUAUCCGUAUCCUCUUGCAUGCCGCUGUGAGUGAUGUAAGCGACGAUGUGCGCAGUGCGGCAGUUGUUGGUCUAGCUUUUGUAUUGUUCAAGACUCCCGAACGCGUCCCGCAGCUUGUUUCGCUCUUGAUUGAGUCGUUUAAUCCUCAUGUUCGGUACGCGUCCUGCAUGGCUGUAGGAAUUGCUAUGGCCGGAACGGGCGACGCCGAUAGCGUGGCUAUGCUAGAACCGAUGCUGGAUGACAUGACGGAUUACGUUCGACAAGGAGCUCUGAUGGGAACAGCAAUGAUCUACAUGCAGCAAAGCGACACCUGCAACGGUCGAAAGAUUCGUUCCUUCCGCGAAAAGAUUUACGCGAUUCCAUCGGAGAAACACCAUAGUAUUUUAACAAAAAUGGGUGCAAUUCUAUCCCAAGGUAUCAUUGAUGCGGGCGGUCGCAAUUGUUCGCUCAUACUAGGAUCGCGAAACGGAUUUACGAAGAUGUCAAGCGCUGUUGGUCUAGCAUUGUGGCUACAGCAUUGGCAUUGGUAUCCGAUGCUACACAUGUUUAGUCUCGCUUUGACACCCACAGUAACAAUUGGUCUUAACAAGGACUUCAAGUUUCCGAAGAAAUUUGAGAUCCAAUGUAAUUCAAAGCCCAGUGCAUUCGCCUAUCCCCGGAAACUUGAGGACAAGAAAGAAGAAAAGAAAAAGCUCGUCGAGACGGUCACCCUCUCUACUACUGCGAAAGAGAAAGCUCGAUUGGCACGGAAGCGAGCUAAGGCCGGCGAAGUAGUCGUAGGAGAAAUGGAUGUUGACAAAGGCGACGAGUCCAAAUCGGAUGAAGAAGGCGAAAAGAAGGAGAACGCUGAUUCUAUGGAGGUCGACAAUGAAGACGAACCGGAAAAGAAACCGAAGAAGAAACGUGUGCCAGAGCCUACUUCAUUUCGCGUGACCAAUCCGUCGCGAAUCACGAAAGCGCAAUCGCAGGCCUGCUCUUUUGAUUUGGAUCAACGUUAUCGCCCAAUCCGCUCGGAAGAAAAACCGAUGGGCGUCGUUAUGCUGACUGAUAGUACGCCGGACGAAGACGAAGAAUUGGGAGCCGUCAAGUCACCUUCCUUAGAGCCUGAUGGUGAGCUUGCCCCUCCCGAACCCUUUGUUUGGACGCCGCCCGCUCAACCCGAAAAAACUGAAGACGACAAAAAAGAAGAAUAAAGCUUUUACUCUUAAAAACAUUUCAAAGUAUGUGUUGUUAGUUUC